CACCGGCUGGAGAUCAGGGAGACGGAGUAACCGGUCAGUGGAUCAGAGUAACCGGGCCCCGGGGAUACAGAGUAACCGGGUAGAUUUAGGAUUCUGUUGCCGUUUACGUGGUGGAUGUGGAUAUAAGAGCAGGAAAAUAUUUUCAUCUCCAGCUGGGACGUCCUUCACUAAUGAAGAUGAAGUUGAGCUUACUGGGGAUUCAUCAGAACGCGCUCGCCUACUCCUUCACAACACUGGGGGCUGCGCUAAUGAACAACCUCUUUAGCUUCUACUACGUGAAGCUCUUUUUAAAUCGGUACAGAAUAUCGGAAAGGGACUUUCAGCAGGCACAGGUGGUCUUCAUGGUGUGGAAUGCCUUCAACGACCCCCUGUUUGGCUACUUACAGGACAACUCCAGCCUGCGAUGCUGUACCCAGCGCAGGCUCUCCAUCCUGUACGGUGCUCCCUUCUACGCCAUCGCCUUCCUGCUGCCCUGGUUCCCCUGGCGGGCCUACCCGGAGGGCGACUGGCUCUGCGGGAUCCACCUGGUCGUUGCCCUGUGCGCCUUUGACGGGAUGUUGACCUUCGUCCUGCUGGCGCAGUGCGCGCUCUUUGCCGAGAUCUCGACCAGGCACGAGAGCCGGUUGAUGCUCAUCAAGUACAACCAAGUGGCCUCGCUGGUCGGCUCCUCCGGUGUCCUGUUCUGCGGCCUUGUCUCCAGCAACAUGGAGAACUUCUUUAACUUUCAGCUCUUCAUGCUGUGUGUCGCGGGGCUGGCCUUCGCCUGCAUGCACUAUACCGGCCACCGCAGCGUCAGCCAGUACGAGCAAGGCGAAAAGUUGGCAAAGUGCAGAGCGGACAACGUGGAUGACCUCUCCUGGACCUCCGUCUUCUACCUGACCAAGCAGAUCAUCACCGAGAAGGAUUUCCUGCUCUUCAUUACCAUGAACUUCUUCCAGGUCUUCCACCUGGCCUUCAUGAACAACUUCAUGCUGAUCUUCGCCGACCACCUCAUCCCUCAGGACGUGCUCCCAGGCUUUGUGAAGAGCAUCAUGUAUGGCGCCGGCUUUAUCUGCCCGCAGCUCCUGAUUCUGAGUGGCCAGUCACUGCUGAAGAGGGUCGGUUAUUACAAAAUCAUCCUCGCCACCUUCUACCUGGAGCUGUUGAGCGCCGGCAUUAUGCUGCUUUUGGGACCAAGUCAUCACUAUCUGUUGUCAGUCUUCCUCGUAGGAAACAUGGUGAUGGUGUCAGCAAUGUUCAGUCUCUUCAACUUGCCCCUGGCUGACCUUAUCGAUGCCGACCUUCAGAAGCACAAACGCAGCUUCCCCCUGUCCUCCAUGGUGUUUGGAACCAAUGCUCUGUUUACGAAGCCAGCCCAGUCUCUAGCUCCGAUGCUGGUUGUGGCCCUGCUUAACCAGUUUGACUACGAGAAGCUGAAGGAUGAGUUUACACGAUCAGACCAAAGUGCUUUGGAGGACCUUCAUGGGGCCAUGUUUUGGCUCAUCUGCCUGGUUCCCAUGUGCAUUGCGGCUCUGCAGAUCCUGGCCUGGACCCCCUUUUCCAUCCGGGAUAGCCACACCGACGUUUCAAAGUACAUUGAUUCCUAAAGGCUGGCAGUGCUUAAUAUGAUGAAGGAAGACCUUGCAUCUCUGGAGCUGAAGCUUUGAUGUUGGGGACCAUUAUUGUAGUCGUGCUAGAACAGAAGAGGUGGUAUUAACUUUAACCUGCUUGUCUUUUUGCUCGUUCUUCAGACCUGGGCAUCACUCUUGGGGGUCUCAUUAAUACCGCCUGUUACCUUUGCGAACCAUCGCCUUUGAUGGUUUGAAAUCACUUCACAUGUUGUUUGGUGGGAAGGUCCGAGGGUUUGACCCAGUGGUAACGAUGGAGGAGUGAUAAGUGGCCCAGAUGGGGUGGAGUAAAGUCAGGAGGUGACUGGAGCUCUGCCCUGUGGGUUUGGGAGGUGUUGAUCCUGACUAGGCCGAUCGAUGAAGAAUGGUGGGGGUUGGAGAUGAGUGUAUUCCAUGUACGCUGCUUUUCCCUGGGGAGUACUCUGUGUACGGGAAGCUGAUUUUCCCUUCCGUCCAUUCUGACCGGCUCUGGAAGUGACCUCCGAAAGGGUGCAGUCCAAUAGAAGGAAACAUAAAUGUGAGGGGUGGGGUCUGUGUAGUCAUGCUGUCCACAGCUACUCCAUGGGCCCAACCCCUUCCCAAAGAGUCUAAAGGCCAGGGCAACAGUGCAGCCCUGACAGCCCAGUAACCUUCAUCCCAGUGCCCCAGACUCCUCAACCUGUCCCUGACCUUACUCGUGGUACUCGUGCAAUGGAGGCCAGGUAAAACCCUAAGAGGGCAGGUGUUUUAAUCGGUGGAUGGAUCUUGAAUGAGAAGUCAAGAGUUACAGCAGGAGGCUGGUCAUUUAUAACUGAAGUGUGUAGGAACUACUUUGCGGAGGGUGGUGAGUCUGGGGAAUUUUCUGCCUCAGAAAGUUGUGGAGCUGGAUCCCUAUGGGAAUAAAAGGGAGGGAAGAUACGAUGAAUCUUCUAGAAACGUACGAGGAAGAAGGAGAGGGUGGAUAAACUUAGGAUGUGCCCUCUGGAGUGUCGGAGACUGAGGGGGGGAAUCUGACGGAGGGAGACUUAAACAGUCAGAAAGUGCUCACCAGGGUAGAAAUGUCAAACUGCAGAUGUGCUUCUAAGGUUGAGGGUGAGGAGUCAAAGCUGAUAUGAGGGGCAGGGUUUUUUUUAUGCAGAGAAUGAUCAGGGCUACCAGGGGCAGUAGAGGAAACAGACGGUUCCUCUGAGCUUAAGAGGCUUUUAGAGGUUCAGAAGAAUGAGCCCAGGAAUGAAAGGGUUAACACAUGAGAAGUGUUUCAUGGGUCUGGGCCUGUGCUCACUGGACUUUAUUAGAAUGAAAGGGCCCGGGGGGGCGGGUGAUCUCAUUGAAACCUACCAAAUAUUGAAAGGCCUAGACAGAGUGGACAUGGAGGGGUGUUUUCUGUAACUGGGGGGGGGGGGGGUGUCUAGGACCAGAGGGCAGAGCCUCAGAAUUAAGGAACGUCCCUUUAGAAACAGAAGAGGAGGAUUUCUUAGCUGGAGGGUAGCAAAUCUAUGGAAUUCAUCGCCACAGAGGGCUGUGUGGGCCAAGUGUUUAAAGUGAAGAUUGAUAAAUUCUUGAUUAGUCAGGGUGUCAAAGGUUACGGGGAGAAGGUAGGAGAAUGGGGUUGAGAAGGAUAAUAAAUCAGCCAUUACUGAAUGGCAGAGCAGACUCGAUGGGCUGAAUGGCCGAAUUCUGCUCCUCUGACUUAUGAAUUGUCAGUUCUGGGGUAGUACCUGGCCUCCUGACAGGUGGGUCAGGUCUGCUUUUAAUUUCAUUUGUAGACUUCCACUCUUGGAGCCCAAUGAGAUCCAGCUCUAAACCGAACGAGACAGACUGGGGGUCCUAAUACAACAUCCAGAAAAAAGUAUUGAAAUUGGGUAUCUUCAAAGUUAUAAAAGUUUUAAGCUUCCAUCAUAGGGACAUAACUUUUACUAAGUUUCUCAUAAUGAAACCCUUUCUGUGGGCAAAGAUCAGUAACUUUCCCAUGUAUGGGGUGCCCAGGGAGGGGGUAGCACUUUGGUGAAGGGGCUGAUUGUGUCCAUUCUGGGGCAGCUCACUCAACUUUGGUCCUCACCGGACCCUCAGCUCUCAGCUGUAGCUCUGAGCCCCUGUUUGCAUGCCACGGCGGCCACGCUCCGGUACACCGCCUCGACAGUCGGGCUGAGCCAGGGGAGGGGAGCCAGCGGGCCUCAGACCCUGGUGUGAGCCAGGUCCAGCAGACUGGGCGGAUGAGAUCUACAGUGAGUUCGAACGGCCAGGAAGUUGGUUCUGCAAGGCUUCAUGGAGAGCUAAGGGGCAUGACGAGGCACAGACGACGUCACGGUCAUCUGCAACCGAGGAAAAGGCCAGUUUGUGACGACUACCUGCACCACUGGACCCGGGCUUCCGAGGUCAGGGGAGUGGAAUUGCCCCAGUGUAGUGGGUUUUCCAUCUUAAAACAAAACUCUCCUGCACGUUUCCUGCCACCAUCAGAUAUGCCAACCUCCACACAGCAAGUGUAACUCCUGACCACAGUGCUUUUGAUUGGGGCCUUUGGGGAAGACACUCAACUCUGUGAAGUAAUGCCUUCUCCGGUAUUUCAGACAGAAUGCCUGGGAUUAAACACACCCAUGUCUUAAAAAUAAACGGAUUUUUAGGUGCAAUUACAUUGCUUUGGUCUUGGUAUCUGGAUGUCUUUGCUUGCUAAAACUACAUUCUCCCCGCGACGGCUUGCGUUUCCUCCCACACUCGAAAGAGGCUGGACAAUUGUAGGAUGCUGUGUGGGUGUCCGUUUGGCCUCUAUAGCAUCAAUAGACAGCCCCUGCUGAGGAGAACAUCAUACCCGAGUGACCGCAGUACACACUACCACAUUGGCACUGGAAGCGUGGCCACACUUGUGGGCUGCCCCCAGCACAUCCUCAGACUGUCGGUUAUUGACACAAACGAUGCAUUCACUUGUGACAAAUAAAGCUUAUCUGUAGACAGAAACCUUAAAAUAAAAAGCCAAUUGAAAGUGUACACACGGAGACGGUAGAUAUUGGGAUAACGGCAGGAGCAGUACCAAGGUCUAACACUCCUU